AUGGGUGACGUCUACAGAGAGUCUCGAGUCUAUCGCGAGAGGGACUGGGAGCGAGAAGAUGGCUCUUCAGACGACGAGCGCUAUCGCAAAACCACAAUCAGACGAUACAAGGUCGCACCAAGCAGGUCUGAUCGCUUCGAACGGGGUUCCGAAUUUGAUGAUGGACGUUCCCAUUUCUCCCGCUAUGGUCGCUCUUCUGGCGACUUAGCUGAGCACGACCGACGCUCUUUCGUCCCGGAUCGUCCUCGCUCUGCCUUUGAAGGAGCUCCCUCCCAUGCUAGUUUUCAUGAGGAUCGUGGGCGAGACACGGCUCCUCGAUCUUACGUUUACGAAAAGGAAACUGAACGAGAGACUUAUCCUCCGCCGCCCCCGCCUAUGCCAAUGCAAGCGCCUUCUCAGGUCGGAGAUCGAUCUCGUGCGCCAGCUUUCGUAGAGACGAAGGAAGUUGAGCGUGAUUGGGACCGACGAUCUCGCUUUGACGCUUUGUUCGACGAGGAUGUCAAGGUUGAGAACCAAAUGGUCAGGACUGAACGCCGAGAUAACGGCGAAUACCGCGUUGAGAAGCGUGUUGAGGAACACAUCGACGACACCCAUGGAUGCGACGUUGAGCGAUACCGCAAGGAGACGGAAUACUACACCCCUUACGACCCACCGCCUCCUCCAGCUCCCGUCAUCAUUCGACAGCGCGCGCCUGAACCACAGAAGAUCAUUGUUCAAGAAGCUCCUCCUCCGGCUCCAGUCAUCGUUUCCCCUCGCCAGCAACAGCAGCCUGGUGUAGUUGUCAUUCGUGAGAGAGAGCCUGAAAGACAACAGGUUGUAGUUAGAAGGGAGCAUCGAGAGCAUCGACACGAGCACCGACAUCGCCCUUCGGAGGAGGAGUACUACUAUCGCCACGAGCACCGCGACUCCCGUGGAGACCGUGACUACGCCAUUGAGCGAUAUGACCGCAGACGUCGUGAUCACGGCUACCACAGUGAUGACGAUGAUUAUUACGUCCGACGCAAGGUUAUUCGUCGCCGCGAAGGUAGCGAAAGUCCCCACCACAAGCGACACUUGGCUGAAGGCGCUCUUGCUGGUGCGGGUGUCACAGCUCUUCUCAACAGUCGCCGCGACAGCUACGGUGAACUGCCUGAAAACCGUGGCCGCAAGGUCAUUGCUGGAGCUGCUCUUGGCGCUCUUGGUACCGAGGCCUUGCGCCGAGCUCGUAGUGCUUAUGGCGAUCGCUGGCAUGGCGACGAUGAUUCUCCCGACCGCUCCUCUCGACUUAAGCAGGGUCUCGGAAUCGCUGCUGUUGCUCUAGCUGCUGCUGGUGCCGCCAAAUACUACCAGUCCAAUAAGAUUGAAAAGGAGGAGGCGAUUCGAGGUAGAAGCCGCCGUCGUGGUUAUUACUCUGAUGACUACUCGCGCUCUCGUUCGCGGUCCAUCAUUCGAAAAACCACGACGACAAAGAGCACUAGCCGCGGUAGCCGUCGUCGUAGUUUGUCGACGGCAGCCAAGGCAGCUCUGGGAACUGUUGCUGCUGCAGGUAUUGCCAAGCACAUUCGCAAUAGGUCCAAGUCAUCGCGCGGCCGCAGCAGCAGUAGGUCGAGCAGCUCGCGCAGCCGCAGCCGAUCAAGGAGCCGCAGCAAGUCUAGACUUCGCCGCGGUGCCGAGAUCGCUGGUGCCGCUGUAGCAGCCAAGGCUGCGCACCACGUUUGGAAGAAGCGCAAGGAAAAGAAGGAUGGCAGUGACAGUAGCAGCGAUGAUGAGUACUACCGCCGAGGCCCCUCGAGAAGCCGGAGCAGGAGCAGGUCCAAGGCCAGAUCCAUUCGUUCAGAGCGCGGGACUGAUCCUGAGCUAGGCCCCGUAGUUGAAUACGGCACCGAUCCCCUCGCGACGCAACCGCCAGCCUCAACGUCGCGAGGCUACGAAUCCGAAGCGGAGGCAAGACGUCGACGCCGUAGACGACGCGACCGUAGUCGAUCCGCGUCGUCUGCGGGAUCUGACAAUAACCGUAAACGCAGCAGAAGCAGACUCGGGGCCGCCGCAGCCGCAGGAGCUGCAGCCCUUGGCAUCAAGGAAUACAAGGACAAGAAGGACAGGGAGAAGAGAGAGCAGCGCUCUAGGGAACGACGACUCGAACUUGAACGAGAACGCGAGCGGGAAGAUGAGCGAGACCGUCGUGGUCGAGCUACCAGAUCUCCUUCGCGAACCCGAUCUCGAAGUCGUUCCAGGAAACGAUUCGACGACUAUGAUGAUCGUCGCCCUCGCUCACGCUCACCACCCAUGGCUUCUGGUGGCGCUGGCUUCCCACCUUAUCCUAUGGACCCUACUCCUCCACCUGGAAAUCCUUACACCAAUAUUCCGGACCGUUCUGCUGACUUCCAGCCGUACGUUCCUCAAGACUAUACGGGCUAUCCCCCGCCGCCUCCUGGACCCCCUCGAGGACUUUCCACAGGGCCCGCCAACUAUCCACCGCCAGGACCUCCUGGGCCACCACCGCCCCCCCCAGGACCUCCGGGACCUCCACCGGCUGGCGGUCCAAGAGCGCCUGACAAUAUAGUCUAG